AAAGAGGAAGCGAAGAUGGACAUAGGCAUCGGAGUGUGAAGCGAAGAAAGAAGAAGUGUUGGUGUGGAAAAUGGUUGCGACGAACGUGAAGGCAGAAACCAUGUCUUUGAUGGAUAAGCGUAGCGCCUUGGAGGCUGAGAUGAACGCCAUCAUCACUCGCCUCUCUCACCCCGCCGCCCCUGGCCUUUCCGGCAACCUAGUCGACGUCGAGGGCUUUCCUCGUUCCGAUGUCGACAUCCCUGUCGUUCGAGCCGAACGACGUCGUCUUGCAGAGCUGCGUAAUGACCACCAGGUGAUAACUGAGAAAAUAAACCAAAAUAUACAAAUUCUGCAUUCGGCGAGACUUGGAAACAGGUCAUCGCCCUUCACAAAUUCAGAUACUCAGACCUCAUCAACUAUAGACACUGUUGCAGCAACACCAUUACAAGAUGUCCUUGUGAGACAUUCCCCCAACUCAAUGGAUAUGGAUGUGUUGGUUAGUAGACCCUUUGCAAUGGUAGACGAGAUAGCAGAUGCAUCACCAGCAGUAGAGGAUGGUUUACAACUUGGAGAUCAAAUAUUGAAAUUUGGCAAUGUGGAAGCAGGUGAUAAUUUGCUCCAAAGGCUUUCUUCUGAGGCUCAGUCAAAUCUGGGUUGUGCAGUACCAGUUGUUAUCACGAGGCAAGGCACAGUUAUCAACUUAACUAUUACGCCUAGAACUUGGCAAGGCAGAGGAUUACUGGGAUGUCAUUUUCGGAUCUUAUAGGUGCCAUUAUGUAUUCUUGUCAAGAUGGUGCUGACGGUUGUUUCUCUUGAUGCAUUUCCCAUCCGUAGUUCUUUACCUGAUAUUCAUCUAUGCAAAGAUUAGGAACAUGUUGAGUUGAACUCAGAAGUUGAAAAAAAAAAUUACAUUUACAAGUACUUUAUUUUUAGUUUUUGCAUUAGAAUGCUUGUUUUUAAUACGGUUUUAAAUCGGAAUCCAAACAUACAAUAUAUUGUUUCACACUGACUUAAUAAUUACUGACCUUUGACUGUGGUGCACUCUGA